AUGUACCCUAAUGUGAAACUGUCCUUGAUGAGUGAUGAUAGAAGUAAGAAGCUUGUUCUGGGCACUAAGACAAUGGAUGUCCUGAUUAAGCCGUCCAUACGUAUAGAUCAUAAUGAAAAGUCAGUCAUUGGGCCAUCAAGUUCAAAUGGAUUCUUGCCAAGUAGAGAAACGCGAUUAUUCAUCGAAAGGACCAAAAUUAACUCUCGCCAAGUUUUAUUUUAUCCCUUUGAUGAAUUUGCUCAACCACAUCAGCUUAGAUCCAAGUUUGAUAAGCUGUCUACGUAUCUUUGUUACAGAUUUUCGUCAAAAUAUACCAAUGGUUGA